CUGGUGCGCUGGGCUGGAGAGCAGCCCGCAGCAUGGUGGGUUUCGAGCCACCGGCCCAAGGUCAGGGCCUGGGACUCUCGUCCAUUCAGGCGGCCGCAGCUGGUUCAGCGGCUGGUCUCCUCACCCGGGUCCUCAUAAAUCCGCUUGAUGUCCUCAAAAUUCGCUUCCAGCUUCAGAUUGAACGCUUGUCAUUGCUGGAGCCAAGGGCCAAGUAUCAUGGCAUUGUGCAGGCCACUGGCAUGAUAUUCAGAGAAGAGGGUCUGCAGGCAUUCUGGAAGGGCCACGUUCCAGCCCAGCUCCUCUCUGUCUCUUAUGGGGCUGUUCAGUUUUCAAGUUUUGAGUUUUUAACCAAAUUUGUCCACAAUGCCUUGCUCUGCGACUCGAGGAAUCCUACUGUGCACUUUGUUUGUGGAGGACUGGCAGCAUGCACUGCCACCGUGACUGUACAGCCCAUUGAUACACUCCGUACCCGAUUUGUGGCACAGGGAGAACCCAAGGUUUACAGGAAUCUUUGGCAUGCAGUGGUCACAAUGUACAGAGGAGAAGGACCAUUGUCAUUUUAUCGGGGCCUCACUCCAACCAUUAUGGCUGUUUUCCCUUAUGCUGGGUUCCAGUUUGCCUUCUACAACAUAUUUCACCGUAUCGCCAAAUGGGCUAGCAUCAGCUCAGGUAAUAUACAGAAUCUUGUGUGUGGUGGAUGUGCAGGGAUCAUCAGUAAAACUCUUACGUAUCCCUUUGACCUUCUAAAGAAGCGACUGCAGGUAGAUGGCUUUCAGCAGGCACGAGCUUCCUUUGGACAGGUACAAACCUACAAAGGGUUCCUGGAUUGUGUGUUUCAGGUGGCUCAGAAUGAGGGGCUGAGAGGAUUCUACAAGGGCUUGUCACCCAGCAUGGUAAAAGCUGCCUUUUCCACUGGACUUGUAUUUUUCUGGUACGAACUCUUCUGCAAUAUGUUGAACAACUACAGAUUGAGGAGAGACUCAGAACACCAGCAGCAACUGAGUAAAGGUCUCAAUGGCAAGCAAUCACAUUCAGCCAACUCCUCUUAGUUAAUCUUUAUUUGUCUGGCCCAAAUCCGCUGCUGAUUACUGCUUUGUGUGCAGACAAAUGAGUGCACAAGUCUUGGGAUUGUUCAGGAAAUAUGAUGUUUUCUUGGGAUGUCAUCCCGUUCCAUGGUGCAGUACUGCUGUUCUGGGGUCAAGCAGAACUCAGCAGAGCUAUGUGUGUGAAGUAUGUGCCUGCUGAAGAUUCCUGUAUUCAACUUUGCUUUAAAUGGAGAGUUUAAUAUGUCAUUGCUUAAGUUAUUAAUAUUUAAUUUUCUAAUGAGAUGCAUUUAUUUAGGAUUUUUUUCAUUUUGACUGCAUGUAUUUGCAUAAACAUACUUCAUGGAAACACUAUUAUAUCACUCCGUCUGCUGCCUCCUGUCAAUAUUUGAGUGGUGUCCAUUUUUCCUCUAGGGUCAAUGUUGUUUUUACUCGAGUGCGGUUGUGAAGAGUAGACAGUUAUGCAGAGCUUUAACGUGUGUGACUGCUUAUGCCAAACUGCUGGCUGUGCAUCUCACAUGGUGGUAUUAUAGCAUUGUGCUGGACGAGCUCAGCAGAUCAUGAUGUAGGGUUUCAAACUAAACAUUGACAAUUCCUUUCCUUACACAGAAGCUGCAUGACCUGCUGAGUUCCUCCAACAGUUUGUUGUUGCUCCAGGUUCCUGCACCUACAGUCUCAUUUCCUCUGUAAUAUAACCCAAACAUGAUUUCCAGAUCUACACACUGGGCUUAGACCAAGCUCAACAGUGCUCUCCAGGGCUGAACAAUCUCACUGUGUAUCAGUGGUGACACAGAUGUGAUACAAGGGACUGUCUAUAAUAAUUGGCAGCUUUAGAGUACAGAAGGGAUAUUUCAGGUGAAUGCCAAAUCUCUGCAGUUUCUGCUGCAACUUAUUUUGAAUUGUGCAUAUAUUUUAAUAUAUUAAAAUGUUUAUACUUUUAUUAUUUAUGUAUAUUUUAUAAAUAAAAUGUGAAGUCGA